AUGGCAGUUACAGUGGGUGUUCUCGCCUUGCAAGGCGCAUUCAUUGAGCAUGUGCUUCUGUUGAAGAAAGCCGUCGAGCAAGACGCUUCUGAUUGGGAGUUCAUCGAGGUGCGAACACCAGAAGAACUCGCGAGGUGCGAUGGUCUUGUUUUGCCUGGUGGCGAGAGUACUACAAUGUCCUUGGUUGCCGCUCGAUCCAACCUUUUGGAGCCCUUGAGAGAGUUCGUCAAGGUUCUUCGCAAGCCAACAUGGGGUACUUGCGCUGGGCUGAUUCUGCUCGCCGAGUCGGCCAAUCGCACCAAGAAAGGUGGACAAGAACUAAUUGGUGGUCUCGACGUUCGGGUCAAUCGUAACCACUUUGGCCGGCAGACAGAGAGCUUCCAGGCCCCGCUGGAUCUCCCAUUCUUGGGCGAGACCGAACCGCCCUUCCCCACAGUCUUUAUUCGGGCGCCCAUUGUGGAAUGCAUCUUACCACAUCAGAAGGGUGUCCAGAUUGACGAGGUCGAACGGGAAGAUACUGUGGUCGCGCCAUCUAGGCAGGUCAAGGAUGCAGUGGCAGAAGCAGCGACGGCCGACAGUGUUGAGGUGCUGGCCACCUUGUCAGGACCAGCGGCCCGAAUUGCGACUCAAGGACGAAGCAUUAGCCCCAACGAAGAGCUAGGCGAUGUUGUUGCUGUGCGACAGGGCAAUGUUUUUGGAACCAGCUUCCAUCCAGAGUUGACGGGAGAUGCUCGUAUUCAUGCAUGGUGGCUGCGCCAGGUGCAAGCUGCUGUUAACAAAAGGAAGAAACUCGGACAAUAG